AUGACGCGGGGUUUAUAUUAUUUAUCUAAUGAUGGUAAUGGUAAGCCAUCUUUGAGAGCAUUUACAUCAUGUGAUGGCACUUUUCCAAUUACCUUUACCAAAUACACCGUUACUCCUGACCCAGUUGUUCUAGGUGAAUCUGCCACCACAAACAUCGAAGGCACAAAUACAGAGACCAUAGAAACGGGCACUUUAUUUGAAUUUAUUACUAGUUUCGAAGGAGAAGUAAAAAAUACUACAACUGCUGAUUUUUGUACAACAUUAAAUUUAACAUGUCCAUACGAAGCUGGAACCUUCACAUAUACAAACACUACAGUCGUUCCGGCCGACCCUUCCACGCCUAAAGGCCAAACAAUUAAACUUGAUAUCGUUAUUAAUGUUCUUAAACCCGAUGGAAAGACUAAAAUAGGUAAAUACGAAUAUACCCCUGAUCCAAUUACUGUGGGUAGUCCUGUCACCGUAACCGUCGAAGGCGCGAGCACGAUUCCCAUAGACCCACUGGCUAUACUUCGAGCCACUGUUACUAUUGAAGGUGUAAAUAUUACCGCCGACGUGCCUUUUUGUACAACAUAUAAUCUACAAUGUCCACUUGCACCAGGACCUUUCUCAUAUACAAAUACCACAGACAUUCCAACCGUUACUGGUGGCUUGAGCAAAACUGUUGUAAUUGAUCAGAUUCUUAAUGUUAUUGCUCCUGAUAACGUAACUACAAUAGGGUGUGUGCAAGGAAGCAUAUCUGUCUAUUUUCCUUAA